AUGAUCACUCAAGAUAUUUGUCCACCACUCAAGAUUUCUCACGAUGAAAUUUGUGAAACUGCAACAUGGUCCUCAGUCGGAAAGACAGUUGCAGGUGGAAAUGGUCCAGGUUCUGCUCACAAUCAACUGAGCAAUCCUUUUGGAAUUUUCGUCGAUUCCAAUGAUGAUGAUGCUCUUAUUAUUGUCGAUAAUGGUAAUGGACGAGUGAUGAAAUGGCAACAAGGUGCAUCAAGUGGUCAGAUAAUUGCUGGUAACAAUGGAAUAGGUAAUCGAAGUGAUCAACUCGAUUCUCCUCGGUAUAUCACAGUCGAUCAAGAAGGAACCUUGUUUAUCACUGAAUAUACUAACAAACGAGUAAGUCGAUGGAAGAAGGGAGCUCGAAAUGGGGAAAUAAUCAUUUCGAAUAUUUAUGCUAAUGGAAUUGCUCUCGGACCCAUACAAGCAGAAAGUCAACAUUUAUUUGUGGGUGAUUGGUACCAAGCACGUAUUCUCAAGUUUAACAAGAAUGGCACAGGAGAAGGGCAAGUAGUAAUCGGAGGCAAAGGUCCAGGCGCUUCUCUAGAACAACUAAUUACGCCCUAUCAGAUGUAUGUUGAUCAACAGGAAUCUAUCUUUGUACCUGAGUAUGCCAACAGUCGGAUAACAAAAUGGAUUGCUAACAAUGAUAUUUGGGCGACAAGUGCUAUUAUCGUUGCUGGUGGAAACGGUAAUGGUAGUCAGUUGAAUCAACUCGAGGGGACACUUGCUGUUACUGUCGAUCGAUUGGGCACGGUUUAUGCAGCUGAUUAUGGAAAUCAUCGAAUUACACGUUGGCUGAAAGGAGCUAAAAGUGGUACGAUCAUUGUCGGUGGUAAUGGUCAAGGAAAUCUAAGCACACAACUCAAUCAUCCCUAUGAUUUGGCAUUUGAUCGAGAUGGAAAUUUCGAUUUGUGGAACAAUGCAAUGAAAUCAGUGACAUAUACAAGUUAUGAUGAUCUCAAAGCCAAGUAUGAUAAAUACAGUAUUGAACGAUACUUUCUUGAACACGAGAAUAUGUCUCGUGGUGCCGUCAAUUUUAUUUCGCUUAUGUACAAUGUUGACAUGCAAACAAGUCUUAUUGAAAUGGUUCGAAGUACUGUUAUUUUGACAUUAGAUCCGGAAUAUUCACAAAUUGAUGGAGGUUUUGAUUUGCUGAUCGAUGCAUUGGAACGUGAUUGUAAAAGUGUAUCUAAUGGCCGAUGCAGCAUCCACACAAAUACACCAGUGAAAGGAGUUCAUUAUGUUGAAGAUCUUAGUAAUUCUUCUAUUCGUCCUUGGGUGCGUUUGGUGAUCGGUAAAAAUUCUACAUCAAUACGUUUUGAUUCGGUCAUCGUUUCAACAACAGCAAGAGCAGCUAGUUUGAUUCAAUUCGAACCGAGAAAUUUGUUCACUGAAAAAUAUCAUGCUCUUCGUGUAUUACAUUAUGAUUGUGCAACGAAAAUAGCUCAUUCAUUUAGUCGUCAAUUUUGGCGCGAUGAAAAUAUUCAAGGUGGCUACUCAAUCACUGACUUACCCAUACGGUUUGUAUUUUACAAUAAUUUUAACACUACCUCUAAUCAAGUAACCGAUGGAGGCUUUAUUCUGACAUCAUAUGUCUGGGCAACAGAUGCAUUGUUGUGGUCAGCUUUGAGCAAUGAACAGACAUGCGAAAAAUCUCUUCAAGAUCUCAUCCAACUUCACAAUCGAUCGGACAUUCGAUCAUUGGUUAUCAGUUGUGAAGUACAGAAUUGGUGUACAGAUCAAUAUACUCAUGGUGCUUAUGCACUCUUCACUCCAAAUCAAGAAACAAAUCUACAUAAUGAAUUAGGAAAAUCGAUUAAGAACAUCAUACAUUUCAGUGGAGAACAUAUUAGCUAUGUUCAUCGAUGGGUUGAAGGAGCCAUUCAAUCAUCAAUGCGUGUUCUCAUGCAUUACCAAACAAUGAUGAAUACACUUGGACUCAAUCUCAGUAUCAAUUUAUAUGAGCAUCCAUCAGCUAUUUAUUUUCGUCAAUUACGAUCAACACCUGCGAAUCUAAUCGUACCAACUUGGCGUUUUUCAUCCACUGAUAAUCAUUACUAUGCUGGUUAUCCUCCAGAUCAAUCAGGUUAUCUACGUAUUGAGCCUCGAAUAAAUCCAGUGAACAUGCAGCCAAUCAACUCUCCUUAUAAUCGAACGAAUAAGCCGGAUAAGCAGAUACUUGACAGAAUGCUGACAUGGGUAAGCCAGCAUUUAUCUCAAACUAUUAAUUUGACUAGUCCAAUUAUGCCGACUGAUACUACACUCGAUUCGAUGUUGUCCGAUGGAGGCUUCAUUCUCGAUUAUAUUCCUGGCUUUGAACAAAAGCUUGUGCUAGGAACCGACAGUUGGUCUAGUAUUCAAUAUCUACCCGCAUUUGCUGAAAUUCUCGCUCGACUUGUUGUUACCAAUGGUUCUUCAACUUGGUUAGAUGAUUACGCAUCACUCUUACCAGAAUUCUCAGUUAACAUCAAAGGACGAAUCAUUCUGCCAGAUUCAGAGAUUAUUCAACCACCGAAUGGAGUUAGCAGUGCUAAAGACAAUUCUGCUCUCAUUUUUUCUCUUCUUCUGUUCAUCUACUUUUUCUUUCCUAUUCAUUUUUGGUAAAAUAAAUUAUGUAUGAUGGCACUGUUAAUCGUUAAAAUUUUUGUACAGUUGAUAUUCAGGAAGCUAAGAAUAUACAGGGUGUUUCAAAAGUCACUGUACACUUGAAUUGCUUACAUGUCAUGCAUCCGAAAAUUUUUUCAUUAUUCAUUAUAAAUAAAUCAUUAUUUGCUGUUAAAAGUGACUUCACGAAUCCCUGGCAAUAGUAAAAAAUUGGUUUAUAAGUUAUAAAUUAUGAAUAAUGAUAGAGAAUUUUAAAACUUACGAAACAUGUACAGCACAAAGUGCAAAGUGACUUUUGGGACACCCUGUAGAUGCUUUUGUUGAUUUUUGAAAGUCAUUUAUUUAACGGUUUCAAAAACCUAGUUGUGAAAGAAAAAGAAAAUUCGGGUGUAAGUGUGAGAGUGGAGUGAAAGAGACAAUCCGCAUUCACAAGCAAAAUACAUGAAUAGUUAUAUCUUGAGUCAUCUGCCUUUUCUUCUAAAAUAAUAAGAAAAAGGAAAAGUUUUUUGUGAUAUAUUGUUUAAAAUAUCAGGAAAUGAUCGCAACAACAGCUUUUAAGUUAUAUUUGACUACGAUAGAAGUUUUUCAUGAAAGGAAAAACUGCUUAUUAUGAAUGAAUAUCCGCAAAUCUACGUCUGCUUCCUAAAAAAAAUUUCAAUAGAAAUUUUGCUGUAACUUUAAAUAUAUUUGAUAUGGCUUAAUGAGCUAUAAAAAGUAAAAUGAAUGACAGAAAAACUCGAUGAUCAAUAGAACCAUAGAAAUGUAAUGAGAUUGACUUGUUCUUGUGUAAUAACUUUCAAUCACGAUUGUAUUUUUAGAUUUAUUUUCCAAUAAAAGGUUAUCAUUGAUAAUUUGGUUUCAUAUUUUGUGAGAAUAAUACAUGGAAAAUUUCACUAUUGUCAAAAUUCUAAUAUUAGUCUGACAAUACUUAAAAAUAGUAUCAGCAUAUUCAACCUAAAUUACACAAUACAUAAAGUUCACAUCAUAAUAUUAAUGAUUUUCCAUUCGAGACUAAAUAUAUAUAUACAUAUAUAUACAUAUCAUGAAUGCAGAAGGGGUGUGAUGUGCGAGUGUGGAUGUGGGUGUAGGUUCAUAUCUUUUCUUGAAACCCACGCCCACACUCACACCCACACCCCCCCCCCACACCCCACACCCACACACACC